AGCCUAAGAUUAAAUUCAUGAGGACCCCAGGUUUGGCACAUGAAUGUCAGUAUAUCAGCACUUCACUACUGUAGUAAGUACUUUUUAGGAAAAAAUCAGCCCACCUUUACUUGUCUUUAGGGAAAUCACCACCUUUACUUGCCAUUUAACCCUGCACUUGCACAUCAUUACGGCCUAUGAAUUGCAGGUUAAUUUUCCAAAUUCUGUGUGCAAGGCUUGGUGACACCUGAAGGAUGGCUGGGCCGGGCGGGCCUUUCUGCUUUGGGCCAGGCGCGAGCGAGCGAGCACACGUGCGCCAGGCUCCCCUCCGACUCCGAUACCACCGAGGCGAGCGAGCACGGCUCACCACCAGACCAGAUCGACGAGUCAUCGCCAUCCUCCUCCUCCGCCUCCUGUCGCCACCGCAGGCAAAGCAAAGCAAGGCAAUGCCGACGGCGGCGGCGGCCUCGUUGUUGCGGGCGGCAAACCGCGGGUAGAAUUAGAUAGGCGCCAAAUCUUGGGGAUGCCCGCCCGCCCCCUCCUAACAUUCUUCACCGUUUCUUGUUUAUAAAAAUCCCCUCUUGGCUCUUCCUCCCCGAUUCUAUAUAUAUUCGCUGCUGCUGUGCGAGGUUGCUCUCGGCCUGUCCUCCUCCCUGUUCUCGCUGUUACCGCUCUUGUUCUUGGCGCCGGUGCUGCUGUUGCUGGAUUGGUCCGCGUUCCGUGCCGGUCGCCGGAGAUGGAGAACGGGCACGCCGGCAGGCACCGGGUGGCUGUCAUCGGCAGCGGCAACUGGGGCAGCGUCGCCUCCCGCCUCCUCGCCUCCAACACCGCCAAGCUGCCCUCCUUCCACGAUGAAGUCAGGAUGUGGGUGUUUGAAGAAACAUUGCCAACAGGCGAGAAGCUAUCUGAAUCCAUUAACCAAGCAAAUGAGAACUGCAAGUACUUACCUGGUAUUAAGCUUGGAACUAAUGUAGUUGCUGACCCCGACUUGGAGAGUGCAGUCAAAGACGCGGAUAUGCUGGUCUUUGUGACUCCCCAUCAAUUUGUGGAGGGUAUAUGUAAGAAGCUUGUGGGCAAACUAAGACCAGGAGUUGAGGCUAUAUCCCUCAUCAAGGGCAUGGAGGUCAAGAUGGAAGGACCAUGCAUGAUAUCAAAACUAAUUACCGAUACACUUGGAAUCAAUUGUUGCGUCCUCAUGGGUGCUAACAUUGCAAAUGAGGCAAGCAUUUUUUUCAACUUCUCAUGCAAAUUUCUUUUAUCCUUCAGAGGCACAAAAGAAUUAAGUGGGUGUGUAUCUCAUAUGCAGAUCGCUGUUGAGAAGUUCAGUGAAGCAACAAUUGGAUAUAGGAAAGAUAAAGAAGCAGCAAACCGAUGGGCUAAACUUUUCACAACUCCUUACUUCCUAGUUUCUGUUGUGGAAGAUAUUGAGGGAGUUGAACUAUGUGGGACACUGAAAAAUGUUGUGGCCAUUGCAGCAGGACUUGUUGAUGGCUUGGAUAUGGGAAACAACACCAAGGCUGCAAUAAUGCGGAUUGGUUUGCGGGAAAUGCGUGCUUUCUCUAAACUUCUGUUCCCUUCAGUCAGAGACAACACUUUCUUUGAGAGCUGCGGUGUGGCUGACCUUAUAACUACGUGCCUUGGUGGGAGAAACAGGAGAGUGGCAGAAGCCUUUGCAAGAAAUGGUGGCAAAAGGUCUUUUGAUGAGCUAGAGGCAGAAAUGUUGCAUGGACAAAAACUCCAGGGGGUAUCCACAGCAAGAGAAGUCUAUGAAGUGUUGACUUAUCACGGAUGGCAGGAACUAUUUCCGCUUUUGUCAACUGUACAUGAGAUCUGUAUUGGACAACUGCCACCUACAUCAAUAGUUGAAUACAGUGAGCAUACGCCCAACCUCUCCUUCGUCGGUGGUUCUACUCCAUGUUACUGAGCUACAUACUGAAAUAUGUAUUGCUGCCUGAGUUCUCACUAUAACGAAACAAGGCGGGGUAUACUAAAUGUAACCUAUCAAAGUGCAUGACCCUAUGAGUCAAGGCUUAUAUAUCUAGUUGGUUGAAACUGCUGUUUGUGAACCUUACUUGGGAAUCAGCAAAUUCCAUGGUGUUCCAUAACAUGGUACUCAAAUGAGAAAGAACACCAGAUGUAACUAUGCUCAAAUUGCUUCAAAAUCAGGAAUUAAUGAGAUUUGAGCUUUGCAUUUU